GUUUGAAGCGUUCUCUAAAGGAGGUUGCAGCUAUAACUGCUGAAGCUGUGGAUCCAUGCAGAAUCCUCACUCUCUAAAAUCAGAUUCCUGUAACCGUCAUCGGCAUUAUUCCAAAGAAGGAAGUGAUUACCAGACUUCAGGAGUUCGCGAUUUCCCUUUUGUAAUGGCGGCGGUUCCUCAGACGGCGGUUCAUGCCUCUCCGGCUUCGCUCUAUGUUGGCGACCUUCAUCCUGAUGUCACUGAUGGUCAGCUCUUUGAUGCUUUCUCUGGAUUCAAGAGCCUCGCCUCUGUUCGUAUCUGUAGAGAUUCCGCCACUGGACGCUCUCUCUCUUAUGGCUACGUCAAUUUCAUGUCUCCGCAAGACGCUACCAACGCGAUAGAGGCAAUGAAUCACAGAAUGCUCAAUGGAAGAGCGAUUCGAGUCAUGUGGUCACGCCGCGAUCCUGGUGCAAGAAAAAGUGGAAUUGGAAACGUGUUUGUUAAGAACUUGAGCGAUUCAAUCAAUGGUUUAGGACUUCAAGAGCUAUUUAAGAAAUUUGGAAAUGUUCUGUCCAGCAAAGUAGUCACAUCCGAUGAUGGGAAGAGCAAAGGAUACGGCUUUGUUCAAUUUGAGUCUGAGGAGUCCGCAAAAGCUGCCAUAGAGUCACUGAAUGGUUUUACCAUUGGGGAUAAGCAGAUAUAUGUCGGAAAGUUUAUCUGGAAGAGUGAACGAGUCUUGGCCAAUCCUGAUGUUAAAUACACCAAUUUGUAUGUGAAAAAUCUUGACUCAGAGAUCGGGGAAGAGCAUUUGCAGGAAAAGUUUUCUGAGUUCGGAAAGAUUUCCAGCAUGAUUAUUUCAAGGGAUGAGAAUGGAAUGUCAAGAGGUUUUGGCUUUAUAAACUUUGUGAACCCUGAUGAUGCGAAACGGGCAUUAGAAGCACUUAAUGGAUCGCAACUGGGUUCUAAGCGUAUCUACAUUGCACGGGCACAGAAGAAGACAGAGCGUGAGGAAGUAUUACGUCGACGUUACGAAGAGAAAUGUAAAGAGCAGGUCUUAAAAUAUAAGGGCUCAAAUGUGUAUGUGAAGAACAUUGACGAUGGUGUUACUGAUGAAGAACUAAGAGAGCUUUUCAGUCCGUGUGGCACCAUCACUUCAUCAAAACUUAUGCGAGAUGACAAGGGAAUAAACAAAGGGUUUGGAUUUGUCUGCUUCUCCAAUCCUGACGAAGCUAAAAGAGCCGUGAACAGUUUGCAAGGAUAUAUGUUUCACGGGAAGCCACUCUAUUUGGCUAUAGCACAAAGAAAAGUGGAUAGACAAAUGCAACUGAGGAAUCAGUUUGCACAACGGAUGGCAGCGAUGCUAGGACAGUCAACAAUUUUUCAGGGUGGAUGCACACCUUAUUAUUACCCAGCACCAUGUGUUGUUCCACAAGUUCCAUCUCGUUCAGGUUUGACGUUUCAGCCUUUAGGAAUGAACCCUGCGUGGAGAGCUAAUGCCUUCACAUCUCCUGCAAGACCUGCUUUUCAACCUACACCUGUACCUAUUAUUCCGAAUGCUUCGAGGCAACCCAGGCAAAACAGAGGCAAAAUAAAUGGACCAAUGCUUUCUCAUCAAAAUGGUGUCCAAUCUGUCUAUUAUAUGCACAAUUCACAAGAUGCCCAUCAACCAGGAGUUACUGAUAAAUCAUCCGGCAAUCAGCAGUGGACCGGACAGGUUAAGUAUGUCCCAAAUGCUCGCCCAUGUGAAAGAAACAAAACUUCUGGAGUCUCAGCUGCCGCUUUUAAUUCUGCUGGAGAUGUCUCUCAGGGAUCCCAAAUACUGAGCAGCAUCCUUUCUUCCUCUCCCCCAGACCAACAAAAACAGAUCCUUGGGGAGCACCUCUACCCCCUUGUCCAAAAAUGCAAGCCGGAGCUUGCUGCGAAGAUUACUGGGAUGCUUCUGGAGAUGGACAACUCGGAAUUACUGCUUCUGUUAGAGUCACCUGAAUCUCUAGUUGCCAAGGUUGAAGAAGCAGUGCAGGUGCUUAAGAUCUCAAAGAGUAAGCUGUCCAACCAAGACUCGAUUUCCAUACCGGCUGAGCUUGCAGUCAGCGCAGCUAAAAGGGAACCAAAACUGCUCCAACUUUAAUUCACUUUCUCAGUGAAUUCUUUACCGGAGAAUAAUUUUUUUGAAUUUUUGAUACCGAUCAUCGGCUGGCUGGUGGCCGAUUGACUGCUGGAAUGGAAGAGAGUUGUUUACAGAUUUCGUAGUAGUUUUUUUGCCAUUUUAUUUUGAGGAACAUUUUAAUCUUCCCUUGUUUAGAAAACUACUAACAUUUAGUAGUCCAUUAGUAGUACCCUUUUCUUUUGCCAGGAUCAGAAUGGAUGCUUGUUUCGAAAUUAGAUUU